CCUCCCUUCUGAUUCAACUCCUGCCAGUCCUGGCUGGGCUCAGUUAUUCAUUGGAAUGCUGGAAACGUCAAAUGAACUUCCCCCACUUGGUCAUUUGGACAUUGGUAAAUAAUUCCCUGCAAUUAAGAUCUCCCAGACGCAGAGGUUCAGGAAGGAUGAAUAGCUCCUGUGUUGGCUGUCUGAAACAUCUGGUGGUGUCUCUCCAUUUCCUCUGCUGGCUGUGUGGAGCCUUCGUGAUGGCCUUUGGGGAAUUCCAGAUGAUGAACUCCAGCUUCGCCUAUCUCGUCACCACUUUCUGGCCCAUCUACCCUGCCAACACGCUCGUAGUGACAGGUGCCAUUGUUACCUGUGUAUGUUACCUGGGAGUGCUGGGAGGCAUGCGGGAGAACCGCUGCAUGCUCAUCACUUUUUAUGUUCUGCUGUUCAUCCUAAUGCUGGUGGAGUUGGCCAUGGCCUGUGUGUUCUUCGUCUACAACAAGGAGAUUGACACAUACUUUGAAAAGGACCUGACCCACAGCUUAGAGAUCUGUAUGAAGUCCAGUUCAGAAAACAACAAAACCAUUAAAGACGACUUGGAUGCUGUCCAGUUCCUGUUUAAGUGCUGCGGAGUUCAUGGUCCAGCUGACUGGAUGGGGAAUGCUCCACUCUCCUGCUGCAAAAUGGACCCCUGCAACAUUACCAACCAGCUCAACUGGGAAGAGGGCUGCCUGGUGAAACUGAGGAACUGGUUUGCUUCAAACUAUCUGAGCACUGCGUCAGGAGUGGUGACAAUGUUUAUGAUUCAGUUUGUGUGCCUGAGCAUCACUAUUCCUCUGUUUUGCCACUUCAGUCGAAGAGGACUGGGUUACCAGUGAUAAAGAGCUCCAUGAACCUUCCUACAACUUAGAAAAUGUAAAAAACGAAAGUCCACAAGAUCAUCCUAUUAAAGUGCUCUGACUUUCAACACAUGAGAAGGUUUGGAAGUUGUUUCGAUAUAAUCAGAGUUUAGUUCUUAUUAAUUUUGACGAAAUCAGUUACUGGUUUCCAACAAGGUUGAAAAAACAAAAUAUCUUAUUGCUCAGCAUUCAUACUCUAAAUGUUAUCACUCUCCUGUACUCUGCUGGAAUAUAGUAGCUCUUCAUGGUGAGGCACAAAACCGUAUUCAUGCCUACAGGUCCUGACAGAGAUGAAUAUGUUAUUUACAAGCUGACAUCCUGCAGCCACUUAACAAAUGGCUGCAGGCUGUAUUUUUGUUAUGGGUACUCUGAAUCUAGUAUUCUCUUAUUAGUUCCCAGCAAUGUUUAUGAUGUGGUUGUUAAUAAUCACUGGUAAACAUUUACUUGGUUGGUAGCCUUUCAGAAGGACAUACAGUAUGUUACUCCUGUGAAUUCAAGGCAACUUUAGAUACCGUUAAGUGUCAUAGUGGGUUCUUCUCAGAUUUAAUGGGAACAGAUUGACAGCUCCCUCAGCUGGUUCUCCAUGUAUAGUUUGAUCUGGUGCUUCCCAUUGAUUCCUGAAUUAAUCUGAAACUGGGUGGUUCGUAAGUCAUAUGAUUCCAUUAGACUAAUGUGUACAAGCCUAAUGUGCAUUUUAGUGUAUGCAAUGUGUCAUACCAUUUAAAUGUGAUGUUUUUCUAAAAUGCUUUAAGGUAUUAUUACAAAAGUUUUAUGAUUUCUUCAUUCUUGGGGCUACGGUAGUUGAAUGACAUGACCAUUAAAGAUCUUAUCCUUGAAA